CCAGCAAUCUGUUCUGCGCAACGGCGAUGCGCUGCUACCCUUCCUCUUCGGUCAAAAGAGCCAAUCCUUUCCCGUUAUGUGGCAGGAUAUGAUUCCCUGUUGUGAUUUGACAUGAAUACAGUUUGAUUUAGGUCUUAUGGAAGAUGAUUUGAAAUAACGGUAACACUACCGGUGGCCUAUCAAUUUAAAUAGCGGAUGAUUAUUGCGACUUUUACCGUCCCUCACACGCUGAAGCGGGGAUGUAGCCUAAAGCCUACCGUAGGCUACGAUGAUGCUGUGGUUUAGGUAACAUCCAAUACCACUAGAAGUAGCCGUGAGGACACGGAUUUCAUCUCUCGUUGAUAUCCCCUCAACCUCUACCGGCCAGCGCUUCAGACACCAGUUGACAGACAAGCAAACUGACUGACUGACAGAAACAAAUAGAGUUUGAAAGACACAGAAACUAAGAAAGAGCUGACAAGCAGCGACGUGUCUCUAUUAAUAGACUAGAGAAAGAAACAACUGUUAUCCUGCCUGGCUCAAACCUUCAGACAGACGGGACAGGUUGUAUUGUGGAACACAUCAACACAGAGAAAUUAAAUGGCUGACAAGCAGAUCAGUUUGCCUGCCAAGUUGAUAAAUGGUGGGAUCGCAGGGCUGAUCGGUGUGAGCUGUGUGUUUCCCAUUGACUUGGCCAAGACCCGCCUGCAGAACCAGCAAAAUGGAUCACGCCUCUACACCAGCAUGUCAGACUGCCUUAUCAAGACCAUCCGCUCAGAGGGAUACUUCGGGAUGUACAGAGGGUCUGCGGUGAACCUAACCUUGGUCACGCCAGAGAAAGCCAUCAAGCUAGCAGCAAAUGACUUCUUCAGACAAUACCUCUCCAAGGAUGGUCAGAAGCUCACCCUCGUCAAAGAGAUGCUGGCGGGGUGUGGGGCAGGUACAUGUCAGGUUAUCGUCACGACUCCUAUGGAGAUGUUGAAGAUUCAGCUUCAAGAUGCUGGAAGAAUUGAGGCCCAGAGGAAGCUGAUGCCAGAGACAGUAGUACCAGGGACCGUGCCGACAAAGUCCCCCACCGCCAUGCAGCUGACCAGGGAACUACUGAAAGAGAAGGGCAUCGCUGGGCUGUACAAGGGCCUAGGGGCCACACUGCUCAGGGAUGUUCCAUUUUCCAUCAUCUAUUUCCCUCUGUUUGCCAACCUGAACACCCUGGGGAAGAGAGGAGCAGAGGGCCCCGCCCCGUUCUAUGUGUCAUUCCUGGCAGGCUGUCUGGCUGGCAGCACGGCCGCUGUGGCUGUCAACCCUGUAGAUGUGAUUAAGACCAGAAUCCAGUCUAUGAACAGGGGGAGUACAGAGGAAACGUACAGUGGUGUGACUGAUUGUAUCAGUAAAAUCAUGAAGAACGAGGGUCCCUCAGCGUUCCUGAAGGGGGCGUACUGCCGUGCCCUGGUCAUCGCGCCCUUAUUUGGUAUCGCCCAGGUGGUCUACUUCUUCGGCGCGGGAGAAUACAUCCUCAGCUUCCUGCCUGGCAACUAAGUGACAAGAACAUCAACCAUUCAGAUCUCUGCCUUUCCCUCCUCCCUUACAAAAUCACAACUACAUCAUGCACGGACCACACACCUCUAGGAUCCAGUCACCUCUAGGAUCCAGUCACCUCUAGGAUCCAGUCCCCGCUAGGAUCCAGUCCCCGCUAGGAUCCAGUCACCUCUAGGAUCCAGUCCCCGCUAGGAUCCAGUUCCCGCUACGAUCCAGUCCCCGCUACGAUCCAGUCCCCGCUACGAUCCCCGCUACGAUCCAGUCACCUCUAGGAUCCAGUCCCCGCUACGAUCCAGUCCCCGCUACGAUCCAGUCCCCGCUACGAUCCAGUCCCCUCUAGGAUCCAGUCACCUCUAGGAUCCAGUCCCCGCUACGAUCCAGUCCCCUCUAGGAUCCAGUCACCUCUAGGAUCCAGUCACCGCUAGGAUCCUCGCUAGGAUCCAGUCCCCGCUAGGAUCCAGUCACCUCUAGGAUCCCCGCUACGAUCCAGUCACCUCUAGGAUCCAGUCCCCGCUAGGAUCCAGUCACCUCUAGAAUCCAGUCCCCGCUAGGAUCCAGUCCCCUCUAGGAUCCCCGCUAGGAUCCAGUCCCCGCUAGGAUCCAGUCCCCUCUAGGAUCCAGUCCCCGCUACCAUCCAGUCACCUCUCGGAUCCAGUCACCUCUAGGAUCCCCGCUAGGAUCCAGUCCCCGCUAGGAUCCCCGCUAGGAUCCAGUCACCUCUAGGAUCCCCGCUAGGAUCCAGUCCCCACAACGUUUGCCUACGUUGAUGUGACCCAACUCUCUGCCUCUCUUUCCCCCUUCACUACACCGAUAGGAUCCAGGAGAUCACCUGUCAUCACGAAAAUAAGCUUUUGAUCACAUCCACCAAUUUGGGAUUUAUUUAUUUGACCCUCUAGAGGUGAACAAGUUGCGUGUAGCCUCUUUCAGUGUCCCCAUUGUGUUGAAUGUAAUGUCAUGGUUGUGAGCACACUAACAGGAACACUGGGCCAAACGGUCUAAUGUCGGCAACACAAAUGAAGCCACAAAUAUCACGUUCUUAAAUUACGUUGUUGUUUUUUUGGAUUUAAAAAAAUAGAUAUAUUUUUGUUUUUAGAUGUCGCCGUGGUUACGCAGCCAUAUCGGAAGUGAGAUGUUUCUGUCAGUACAGCCAUAGCAGCAGAAUGGUCACAUGAUGACAUCUGUUGCCUAUUAAUCACAAUUAACAUUUAACAACAUAUCUUGUAAUAAUAUAAGUAGUAAAAAAAAAAUUGUUGAUCCGAAUGAAGAAGGAUUUAAUGAGACACAGGAUCAGUUAGAUAGAUUACCCAGCAUGCUCUUUAACCCUGUACACUCGUGGGAAUUGGCCUUUGUGGAUAGGGUUAAAUUAAAAAAAAAAUGAAAAAAAAUGAAAUAUGAAGAGCAUAACGAUGGUAGCAACAGUUUAGAGAUAAUCCAAUUAUUAGACCAAAAGGUGAGGACACAACAGUUCACCUGACACAAGACUGAAUCCAAAAACAUUACACUGUUGAUUUGAUGUGUAUUUGAUAUGUACUGUACUUUUCACAGCAUUUGUUGAUAAGGACGUCUGAAAAUACUCUGGGUACGUUCAGUAACAUGAUCAGAUUAUUCCUGGAAAAUGUGGGGUAGAUACAACAUAAGACAGAACAAUGACAAGGGUUUGAGUGAGAGGACUAACCGGUGUCUCCAAGUGGACACACACACACCUCUCCAAAGUGUGCACAGUUCCUAAGCAAUUUCAAUGCACUUUUAUGACUCAAAGAAGAGUCUUCAACUAUAAGGUACUUUUUAUUUUUGAGCUCUCCCCGCUGUGCCGUUGAUAAACUAGAGUAAGGACACUUGUAGUUGGAACACAACCCUGCAUCCCGUCAUCACACAAUUACUGUUGUUGUUUAUGCAAUCCCAAAAAUGUCCAUUUAUAUAAAUCGCUAUCUGAGUCAGGAGGGCAUGAUUUGAAGGCUUGUUCUAUUGGCAACACGACUAGCAAAGUUAUAAAAUAUGAUAUUACAGUGUUAGGCUUUCAACAAGGCAGUUCAGGGAAACACAUCAUUAUUUAGUUGGCUCAUAGAAAGAACUAAUGAACACAUUCAGGUGUGUGUUCCACGGUAGAUUGUCUUCACAAUAGACAAACACAGGCUCAUUCUGUUCAGCACAACCCAGGGGUUAUGACCCCAUGUGAUCUUGGAGCUGUACAUCAGACAUGGUGAUCAUAAACGUUGGCACUGUAUAUGUACAUGACAUCAGUUUUAGGAUUUGGAAAUGUGAAGUUCACAUUUGGGACUCAGGUGUUUGGCUUGUAUGACGUCAAAGCGGUAUUUAUUAUUAAUCCUCAACGUCUCAUCUUUCAAAAUACUCCGGACUUGCUAUUAAGAAUUAGAAUGAUGAAUGAGAUAUUAAAUGUAUAUUUAAAUGUCUGUGUUUCAGGCCCAAAUCGGUAUAAUGUGCUAAAGCAACACACUCGUUUUGGAUCUCACCUGAACAGCUCAAUGAUCCAUGCCUUUAAUGGGUUGUAAAAUCAGCCAAUCACCUUCUAGCUCUGAGUGCACCAUGAUAGGCCUUGUCCCCGGUGGUUUCUCCUCUCUAGGGACCAGCGUAAAUGCGGUACCGUGACAUAGAAGGAAAGUAGAACUAUCGUAACGUACGUCGAUAUUGGUGUUUGUGUUAGAAACAAACUAUAAAUAGAGACGGUCAUCUUUCCCACAGAAUUAUAGAACGCAGAUAACCAGAGUAGUCUUCAUGCCUCUUUAGACCCUACAUGAUUAUCGGUUUUUAUUUAUUUAUUUUUUAUUUCACUUUUAUUUAACCAGGUAGGCGAGUUGACAACAAGUUCUCAUUUACAACUGGCACCUGGUCAAGAUAAAGCAAAGCAGUGCGACAACAACACAAACAACACAGAGUUACACAUAAACAAACGUACAGUCAAUAACACAAUAGAAAAAAUCUAUAUACAGUGUGUGCAAAAGGCAAGCUAUAAUACAUUAUGUCUCAAUAAUACAAAAAAUGAUUUGGUCCAGUGACAGUACUAAUACUAUACCUAUACAAACACAUCUGUUAAGUUUCCACUGUACUAGAGAAAAGAAUCAAUGAUAAUUGAGGUUUCCACAGUAUAUUAAAGAUAAACGGGACCCUAGAAUUGUUGUUAUUCCAACCGUUGUCAAAUGCAGACUAUCUAUGUGUUAGUAGGUGUUCUUGGUUUUUCUCUAGACUCUACGUUGUGCAUGCGUUUGUUACAUCAUCGAAGGCCUGCCGCGCCAUUGGCCGAUCUCUCCGGGGAGAUCAAGGUGACUUUGAUGUGUCAUAUCCAAUGGAGAUUCUGUCCUCUGAGGCUCUGUUCCCAGCGUCUCUAAAGCAACUCUUCAGUUGUACUGGUCACGGGCCAAUAGGGUACACUAUUCCCUAUAUAGUGCACUACUUUGGACCAGAACCCAUAGUACUCUGGUCAAAAGUAGUGCACUAUAUUUAAACGUUUAUUCGGAUCCCCAUGACGUCAGCUAAUCUUCCUGGGGUCCAUAAUGCUGUCCACUGUUUAGGGCCAAUAGGGUACACUAUUCCCUAUAUAGUGCACUACUACUUCCUGGGGUCCAUAAUGCUGUCCACUAUUUAGGGCCAAAAGGGCAUUUUCCAUUUGAAACGUUCAUAUGCAAAACAACUCCUCAAUGUAUUAUAAUUAUUAUUAUCAUCAAUAUUCCUUUCUAUAUAUCUAUAGCUCUAUAUCUAUAGUUCUAUAUAUCUAUAGCUCUAUAUCUAUAGCUCUAUAUCUAUAGCUCUAUAUCUAUAGUUCUAUAUAUCUAUAGCUCUAUAUCUAUAGUUCUAUAGCUCUAUAUCUAUAGCUCUAUAUCUAUAGCUCUAUAUUUAUAGCUCUAUAUCUAUAGUUCUAUAUAUCUAUAGCUCUAUAUCUAUAGUUCUAUAUAUAGCUCUAUAUCUAUAGCUCUAUAUAUCUAUAGUUCUAUAUAUCUAUAGCUCUAUAUCUAUAGUUCUAUAUAUCUAUAGCUCUAUAUAUCUAUAGUUCUAUAUAUCUAUAGCUCUAUAUCUAUAGUUCUAUAUAUCUAUAGAUCUAUAUCUAUAGCUCUAUAUAUCUAUAGUUCUAUAUCUAUAGCUCUAUAUCUAUAGUUCUAUAUCUAGUUCUAUACAUCUAUAGUUCUAUAUAUCUAUAGCUCUAUAUAUCUACAGUAUAUCUAUAGCACUAUAUAUCUAUAUCUCUAUACAUCUAUAGCUCUCUCUAUACAUCUAUAGCUCUAUAUAUAUAUACCUCUAUAUAUCUAUAGCUCUAUAUAUCUAUAUAUUUAUAGCUCUAUAUAUCUACAGCUCUAUAUCUAUAGCACUAUAUAUCUAUAGCUCUAUACAUCUAUAGCUCUAUAUAUAUAUAUAUAUAAAUAUAUAUAUAUCUAUACAUCUAUAUAUAUUUAUAUAUAUUUAUAUAUAUAUACAUAUCUCUCUGUCUCUCUCCCUCUCUCUCUCUCUCACUCUCUCUGUCUGUCUCUCUCUCUAUAUAUAUAUAUAUAUAUAGUUAUAUAGCUCUAUAUCUAUAUAUGUAUGUAUUGUUUACUAUAUUGUACAUAUGCAGAUGAUUUGAACGGUGUCUUUAUUGUUUGUUUUAUUGAUGGCUUUAUGUUCUACCUCUCCAGUCCCCCUUCCUUCUGUCAAUCAAUAUAGUUGUUGAUUUUAUGUUCAUUAUUAUUAUUAUAUUGUUGUCGAAACAUUCCAGUGAAGGAAUUGAUGUUUAUUUGAAUGUAAAAAAAUAAUAUAAUUUGAAUGCAGGAAGCAGAAAGGGUCAUGUUUAUCUUUAUACUCUUAAUUGUAUACAACGGGGCGACGAUAAUGUUUUCACUCUGUGAUCUCAUCAUUUAUGACCAAAUACAUGUUUACUACUAUGCCACCAGGAAUUAGCUUCUGAAGAAAAUAGAAUAAACAAUGUGCUUAUCAUUAUAAAUUAAUGUGAAAUCAAACAUAUUUCUUUAUUUUUUAUAUUUUUAGUUUUUUAGCUUACAGCAGUGGAGAAAUGGAGCCAACAAAAAUAAUACUUGAAUCUAUUUAGUAAAUCUAAUUCUUAAAUUCAUUACAUGUACUAGUCGUGAAAACGACUUGAUUUUAGCUGGUUAGCUCCUAUACCUGGUUAGCUCCUAUUCUGUAGAGGCGAGGUAGCUAGGGAAGCUCUCCUAUAGGAGAACUGGGACCGGUCCCUGCCAUGACCAGAGAGACAUACCUGCAUCCCAAAUGGCACCCUAUCCCCUAUGUAGUGCACUAGUCCCUAUGGGGCCCUGGUCAAAAGUAGUGCACUAGUCCCUAUGGAGCCCUGGUCAAAAGUAGUUCACCAGUCCCUAUGGGGCCCUAGUCAAAAGUAGUUCACUAGUCCCUAUGGAGCCCUGGUCAAAAGUAGUUCACUAGUCCCUAUGGGGCCCUAGUCAAAAGUAGUUCACUAGUCCCUAUGGGGCCCUAGUCAAAAGUAGUUCACUAGUCCCAUGGAGCCCUAGUCAAAAGUAGUGCACUAGUCCCUAUGGGGCCCUGGUCAAAAGUAAUUCACUAGUCCCUAUGGGGCCCUAGUCAAAAGUAGUGCACUAGUCCCUAUGGAGCCCUAGUCAAAAGUAGUGCACCAGUCCAUAUGUGGCCUUGGUCAAAAGUAGUGCACUAGUCCCUAUGGGGCCCUGGUCAAAAGUAGUGCACUAGUCCCUAUGGGGCCCUGGUCAAAAGUAGUGCACUACAUAGGGAAUAGAGUGCCAUUUGGGAUGGAGAUUAUUGACCUCAAAAUGUUAUUUCAUUCGUGUUGUUUAUUCCUCAAAACGUUCCGAUCGCUUAACUCGUCUCGAAUGAUGUCAUCAUUGAUAUUACAAAUGGCUGUUGUUAUUAAUGCUGUUGUUGUUAUUGUUGACAAUUGUUAUUGUUUUCUUUAUUUUUUUUAACCCUUUUUCCUAUGAUUUAUUUUUACGGUUUAAAUCUUCAAACAUGUUGAAUUAAUGAUGUAAUUUCCAUUUCGUUUGAUCAGCUGUGAAUUUGCACUGACCGCUUCGAUCUGCUUGUGAGUGUACAGUAGAAUAUGUGUGUGUGUGUGUGUGUCUGACUGUGUCGUAAUGCCCGUAGUUUUUAGUCGGUUACUGUGACACCGUAUGGCAGCAGGUAGCCUAGCGGUUAAGAGCGUUUGGGCCAUUAACCAAAAGGUUUAUUGGUUCGAAUCCCUGAGCCGACUAGGUGGGAAAAAAAUGUGUUGACGUUUCCUUGAGCGAGGUGCUUCACCAUAACUGCUCUGGAUGAGAGCGUCUGCUAAAUGACUAUCAUGUACAUUUCUGUCUGUCAGUUGUACUUUCUCUCUUUUCUCUCUCCUUCUGUCUAUCACACUCCUCUGUUAUCUGUCCAUCCGCGUGGUGUGUAUCUCAGGGGGCGGGGAGGACCGAUGGGGGGAAACGAGGAACUCUGAACACCAAAAUAAGACAUUUAGAGUGUAUACGAUUAUUAUUAUUUUUUAAAGCACAAAGGAAUAUUAGGCACAAGAUCACAUCACAACUCACUAUGAUACUAGUCAUACAAAGAUAAUAUCCUAUCACUGAAACACUAGACAACACAAGGUAAUGAGCUCUAUUUGAGAGGACCUUCUUGAUGCUGGAACAGUGUCAUCUUGGAAUGAGAAGGGCGCCAUUUUGAACACGGGGUAUCACACCAUGUAUUUACCAGUAGUAACUCUCUAAGUCAGAGUCCGCUCCACACACCCGUAAGGCCUUGGGGCUGGGAGAUCUCUAGGGAUCUCUGUAUUCCUCCAAGAGGAACUGUUGUUGUGCAUUAAAGGACUCCGGGGGCUCCAUCCAAUCCGUACGGCGGUAGUUCAGUGCUGUGGUGGGAUUGAAAUGUGAUGGUUUACCAUGAAUGCAUUAUUCACGAAUAAGGGAACAUUGCCUUUUUACAUUUCAAUUGCGCUAUAGUGCUGAAUUUACGCAAUACAGAUUGAAUCAUCCCUAAAUAUAACAUGACAAUGGACUGACAGCGUUGUGUAUGGACCGCCCCACACCCCCUCUAAUGCCAGUCUAUACACAACACCCCCUCUGUCAGUCUAUACACAACACCCCCUCUGUCAGUCUAUACACAACACCCCCUCUGUCAGUCUAUACACAACACCCCACACCCCCUCUAAUGCCAGUCUAUACACAACGCCCCACACCCCCUCUGUCAGUCUAUACACAACACCCCCUCUGUCAGUCUAUACACAACACCCCACACCCCCUCUAAUGCCAGUCUAUACACAACGCCCCACACCCCCUCUAAUGCCAGUCUAUACACAACACCCCCUCUGUCAGUCUAUACACAACACCCCACACCCCCUCUAAUGCCAGUCUAUACACAACACCCCCUCUGUCAGUCUAUACAACACCCCACACCCCCUCUAAUGCCAGUCUAUACACAACGCCCCACACCCCCUCUAAUGCCAGUCUAUACACAACACCCCACACCCCCUCUGUCAGUCUAUACACAACGCCCCACACCCCCUCUAAUGCCAGUCUAUACACAACACCCCCUCUGUCAGUCUAUACACAACACCCCACACCCCCUCUAAUGCCAGUCUAUACACAACACCCCCUCUAAUGCCAGUCUAUACACAACGCCCCCUCUAAUGUCAGUCCGUACACAACGCCCCACACCCCCUCUAAUGUCAGUCCGUACACAACGCCCCACACCCCCUCUAAUGUCAGUCCGUACACAACGCCCCACACCCCCUCUAAUGUCAGUCCGUACACAACGCCCCACACCCCCUCUAAUGUCAGUCCGUACACAACGCCCCACACCCCCUCUAAUGUCAGUCCGUACACAACGCCCCACACCCCCUCUAAUGCCAGUCCUUACACAACGCCCCACACCCCCUCUAAUGUCAGUCCUUACACAACGCCCCACACCCCCUCUAAUGUCAGUCCAUACACAACGCCCCACACAAUAAGAUGAAGAAAAUGAAAAUGAAAAACAUAAAUAAGAAGAUAUUGUAUUCCCUGUUGUUCACUGUUUGCUGUUUAAUAAAAUGAGAUGUAACUAGA